AUGUGUUUUGGCACGAUAUUGUUGUGUAGCAAAGUUUUGCAGGAAGAUGAUUCAGUGCCACCAGACGAGCAGGCUGAUUUGCCUCGUGUGGAAACUUUUACCGGCGUUGCUAUUCGAGUUUCGUUCACCGGCGAAGAUGACAAUCUGGAAAUGCAGCAACUCUCGGGUGGUCAAAAAAGUUUGGUUGCCCUAGCUCUGAUAUUUGCAAUUCAGAAGUGUGACCCGGCACCAUUCUAUCUGUUUGAUGAGAUUGAUGCAGCUUUGGAUGCUCAGCACAGAAAAGCUGUCGCA